GAGACCGGCGGGGCGACACCGGCCACCGCCGCCCACCCACGGCCACUCCAGCCCCACGCUGCCCACCGACGGCCACCCGGCCUCCUCCUGCCGUCGCCGCCGCUCCUGCUACGGGGUUUUUUUCCCCCCCCACCCGCCCCUUUUCUCCUGCAACUUGCAAAAGUUUCUCCCCCCGCCCCCCCGUGUUUUUUUAUUUUCACUUAGAGGGGUAGGGAACAAUAAUAAAAAAACUUUUGCAAACUUUUUCCAGCUUUCUCUCUCCUCUCCCCAGCCGGGCUUCACGCUGGUGGAGACUUCGUCUCCUAGUUUUACUUUUUUUAACCCUUCCCUGCCCCCGAGCCACCUGAUUUUUUUAUAUUUUUUUUUUUUAUUUUUUUUUUUCAUCCCCUGUCCCCCCCUCUGCCACUUUCUCGCAUGAAUCUCCUAGACCCCUUCAUGAAAAUGACAGAAGAACAGGACAAAUGUAUCUCCGACGCCCCCAGCCCCACCAUGUCGGAUGACUCCGCCGGCUCCCCCUGCCCCUCUGGAUCCGGCUCGGACACGGAGAACACCAGACCCCAAGAAAACACCUUCCCCAAGGGUGACCCGGACCUGAAGAAGGAGAGCGACGAGGACAAGUUCCCGGUGUGCAUCCGAGAGGCGGUGAGCCAAGUGCUCAAGGGCUACGACUGGACGCUGGUGCCCAUGCCCGUGCGGGUCAACGGAUCCAGCAAGAACAAGCCCCACGUCAAGAGACCCAUGAACGCCUUCAUGGUGUGGGCGCAGGCGGCCCGCAGGAAGCUGGCGGACCAGUACCCGCAUCUGCACAACGCCGAGCUCAGCAAAACCCUGGGCAAGCUCUGGAGGCUGCUGAACGAGAGCGAGAAGCGUCCCUUCGUGGAGGAGGCCGAGCGGCUGCGGGUGCAGCACAAGAAGGACCAUCCCGACUACAAGUACCAGCCACGGCGGAGGAAGUCGGUGAAGAAUGGGCAGUCGGAGCAGGAGGAGGGCUCCGAGCAAACCCACAUCUCCCCCAACGCCAUCUUCAAGGCGCUGCAGGCGGACUCCCCGCAGUCGUCCUCCAGCAUCAGCGAGGUGCACUCCCCCGGCGAGCACUCGGGGCAAUCGCAGGGCCCCCCCACGCCCCCCACCACCCCCAAGACGGACGUGCAGCCGGGCAAGCAGGACCUGAAGCGGGAGGGCCGCCCUCUGCAAGAAGGUGGCCGGCAGCCGCCCCACAUUGAUUUCCGAGACGUGGACAUCGGCGAGCUCAGCAGCGAUGUCAUCUCCAACAUCGAGACCUUUGACGUCAACGAGUUCGAUCAGUACCUCCCCCCCAACGGUCACCCGGGGGUCCCGGCCACCCACGGCCAGGUGACCUACAGCGGCAGCUACGGCAUCAGCAGCACGGCGGGCUCGCAGGCCGGCGCCGGCCACGUCUGGAUGUCGAAGCAGCAGCCGCAGCCCCCGCCGCAGCCCCCGCCGCAGGCGCAGCCGCCGGCGCAGCACGGGCUGCCGGCGCUGAGCGGGGAGCAGGGCACCGCGCAGCAGCGGACGCACAUCAAGACGGAGCAGCUGAGCCCCAGCCACUACAGCGAGCAGCAGCAGCACUCCCCGCAGCAGCUCAACUACAGCUCCUUCAACCUCCAGCACUACGGCUCCUCCUACCCCACCAUCACCCGCUCCCAGUACGACUACACCGACCACCAGAACUCCAGCUCCUACUACAGCCAUGCCGCCGGGCAGAGCAGCAGCCUCUACUCCACCUUCACCUACAUGAACCCCACGCAGCGCCCCAUGUACACCCCCAUUGCAGACACUUCAGGGGUCCCCUCCAUCCCCCAGACCCACAGCCCCCAGCACUGGGAACAGCCCGUCUACACACAGCUCACCAGACCCUAAAGCCAUUUCCAAUAAAAUACAAAUAAUAGUAAUAAAAAUAAAAAAUAAAUUUAAAAAAAAAAAAAUCAAAAAAGCACGAAAGAAGCAACAACAUGAUGAUCGGGGAACUUCCUCAGACUUUUGUCCUUCUUUGAAAUUAAAAUAAUAAUUAAAAAAGAGACGCUAAAGUCAAAGCUGGCGGGGAGGAGAGAGCGCCUCGAGCCUUCUGCACUACAGCAUCCUCCAGGACAGGGGCCGACCGCCCCGAGACCCGGCAAAACUCGGUACAGACUUUCCAAGGACUGGACUUUCAACUCUGCUUCCAGGGCGCGGCGUGGAGAGGAGAUUUCUAACCAACCAGCUCAGCUGUCUUGUUCUCUGGACUUUUGUAAUGAUUUUUUUUUUUUUUUUUUAGCAGUAACUAAAAAAAGCAAAAAAAAAAAAAAUGGGGGGGAAAAAAGAGAGAACUCAGAGUCCUCUGUGAGGAAUAUUCUCUAUUUUAAAUAUUUUUUAGUAUGUACUGUGUAUGAUUCGUUACCAAUUUGAGGGGAUUUAUACAUAUUUUUUAGAGAUUUUUUAAAAACGCUCUUAUUUUUCCAACAGCUAAAAAAAAUGACACUUAGUGGAGCAGUCCUAGGUUUUCUUGCAGUCAGAGGUAUUUUUGUAUAGAUAAGUGUCUUUUUUUUUUUUUUCUCUAAAAAUAAAAAUUAAAAAGCAAAACGGCGUGCUUUUAACUCGGAACAAAGCUCUGUUAAGUGGCCAGCGUCAGGCUUAGCGAUGGUCAGCUCCGCGGCGCGGGAGACGCGAGCUGAGAUUGUGUGGGGACGAGCAUGGGAGAGGCUUUAUUUUUCUAAUAGCGAAAACCAGCCGGCAGAAGAUUUUUAACUUUAUUUUUUAAUAACCUUGAGCCUUAAGAAAGAAAAACAGAAAGCUUUUUUUAAUUAAAAAAAGAAAAAAAAACUAAAAAAAGAAAAAAAUCCCCAAAACAGCAAGAAGUGCUGUUGAGAAGCCUUAAAAGCAGCCCUGGGAUAAUCACUUGCCCCCAGCUCUGCCCGUCCCUGGGGCUGGGGGGGGCUGAGCGUGACCCCCUCCAGCCGAGCCUGAUGCACAACCCACCCAGGGGCUCCCCUCUGCUUUGCGGGACAUCACAGAUACUUUAAAUUAUUUAUUUUGUGAGAAGAGCAGUUUUUAAUCACAAUUUCCUUCUUUUUUCUUUUUUUUUUUUAAAUCUCCCUUCUAUUUUAAGUCCUUUCAAAAGCGUUUGUGGGAGCAUUAUUUGGAAGGUAACCGUGCCUGUUAAAUUAUGGUCUAAACUGUAACCAGUCCUUUAUUUAUCUCUUUAAUUCUUUUUUUUUUAUUAUUAUUAUUAUUAUUCUUUUUGGAAUCUGUGUCCUGGGUUUGUACAAACUUGUGCUCUUCCUUUAUUUUUUUUUUUUCUUUUGUCUUAAGGAUAAACUGGAAAAAAAAAAUGAAUUGUACAAACUAAAGAUUGCAAAUGUAGCGUAUCACUGAAUCAUUUGCCUUGUUUUCUGCCUCAGCUCUCUGGGACACACGAGGAGGAGACCCGACGCCCCGGCCGUGGCCGCGGCACCGUUUUAGCCUUCCACCCCCCCCCCGCCCCCCAAAAAGUGGCUUGAGGUGGGGGCACUGACUUUGGUGAAGCUGUGGCUGAACAGUUAAGGAUUGCUUUUUAAAAAAGACAGCAAACUUUUUUUUAUUUAAAAAAAAAAAAUGAUAUAUUUGUUAACAUUUUUUUUUUUUUUAGGGAUUCAGUAGAAGAAAAAAAAAAAUCUUAAAGCACUCUUAUAAUAUGGCAUCUUUCUAUUUCU